AUUUGAGUUCGCACUAUUUCUUAUCAUUUAAGAUUUUGGCCGCAAUGAUUUCCAAUCGGCAUAUAAGGUAGCAAUAAUGGAUGCAUUUGUCAAGAGAUUAAACCCAUCCUAUACUUCAAAAUCUCAGCCUAAUGGCAAGCACGAUCGUCCACCUCCCACGAAGAAGGUUAAAAGGGAGGAAGUCCGCGAUAGCGACGAGGAUUCAGAUCAGGACAUUAAAUCUAGCAGUCCAUCAUUGAAGCUAUUGCUAGGCUUUCGAAGAAUAGACAGUGCAACUUCUGAUCUGGAUGACGAUGCCUCGCAGAAUUCAGAAGCAGAAGUUGAACCCUCUCGGCAGAUCGCCAUUGAGAGCUCACUCCCUGAGGUCAAGUCUGGAAAACAAGCCCUUGAGGAAUACCAAGCCUUCAAAGCUUCACAAGGGGAUAACGAUACCGCAAAUGCUGAGUCGAGGCUCGAUUCGAGGAAAUGGGUGAGAGGCAAGACAUCUCUUUACGUCGACGCCUUCAACCUCGCUCUUAAUACAGUACUUGACGAGGAGUCUCACCUAUUCAACGAUGAAGAAAUGUACAUCUUUGAUCAAUGGAAUAAUUUAAGUUACGAAGCUCAGUUCCUGUACGUGCGAUUGUUCUUAAGGAAGACAGCAUCAUGGCACCGUAUAGCCCGCCUGCGCUAUCACGACGACAUCGCAGAUAUCGAGGCAGCCGUCGACGAGUUGCAGAGGAGUCGGGAUUUGCCAUCAGCUUCUUCUGGCUCUCCACCCGUCCUCGAAUAUGUAGAACCGAUACUUACGUCUCUAAGUCAGGACCCAUGUGUGCUUAACGAGAGGUUUACUUUCGCGGACAUGUCGGAGCAAUUCAUCACAAGUGUGGAAGAGGCCGUAGCACUUCUGAGUCUAGACGAGGUCAAAGCCUUAGCCAAAGAGGCGAAGGUCGGAGGCAAGAAUAAGGCAGAACUUGCAAAAUCCAUUUGCAGGAUGAGCAAUCAGCAAACUGGCCUCUUCGCGUUAGGUCUCCGACGCUCUAGCACUAUGGGUUCUGUAGACUCACCAGACAGGAGUACGCCUGAGACGGAAUCGCCAGGCCCAAGUCUUGGCGAAGACUCCAACAGGAGAAAGCACUUUCUCGAGAAAAUAUUGGCUGUAACCGGGCCUUGUAUAAGGCUCUCCUUACCUGUUUUUAGAUUGUUUGAAAGAGUUCACUUGGUCUUCUACAGGUCUACUGAAUGGACAGAGAAAUCUUUAACUACGAUUAUACUGGCAAAGAUAUCGAAGCGUAAUUUUCCAAAUUAUAUUGUCAGCAGGUCGGCCAACAUCUUCCCGUCCAGAGCUCAAUUAUUGGAGUUCGAAACAGCUAUGAGGACCGAGUAUGCUGUCGACAGCAUACUAGAAUUUAAUGGACCUGUCACAGAAGCAGAUUUCCGAAAGAUCGUCAAGAUAUUCGAGGAAAUCUAUCCCAGGUGGAAAACUUUGGUGCAAGAGGAACAGGAAAAGGAGAAGAGAGUUUACGAAUCCGGCGAAGGGGCUUAUUUGAGACGACUCAACCCUGCCCAUUCGUACACUCGUAUCGUUCAUAAAGCCGCGCAUGUGCUCGGUCGAUUGAAGGAGCAUCGGCGGGAGCAUGAAUUACUAACGGAAUUGCUCGAUCAACGUCUCUUCCAUUUAGCUCGUCGAGGUUCGUGGUACCAACGGAAGGCCCUUCUGGAGGAACAUUACAUGUACGCUUCGGAACUAGACCCCUCCUACAAAGAUCUAGAGUUGCAAAAGAAGCAUUGGAAACGAAUCGCAGUGGCAACUUGCGAGACCGCCCUAGAGGACCGAGAUUGCCAUCUAAUUUAUCAUUACGAUAUACAGAAACGUUUAGUCAAGCUCGAGAAACAGCUUAAGAUUCCGAAACGUUUGCAACAUGACUUCGGCCACGUCCGGCUGCAGAAGCCGGAAGAACACUUUGCUGAGGGUAUUCAAAUCAAGAAAGAUGACAUCGUAGGUAAGAAUGGACGGGAAGCGAGCACAAAGACAAUAUGGGUGGACGAAGCGGACGGCGACGGAGAAUGCAGCGUGGAAGCCAUGUGUCUAAGCUGGUAUAGAAGCCAAGGUUGGAAGGGCUAUCACGCGGAGGGCGGCAUCGUUAGAACGCUCUUCGCAUACCUGUUCUUCGAUAUUCUCUUCCUCUACAUGCCCAAUGUGUUCCAGACCGCGUACCAGACAUGCCCGCUGGACUUGCACACGGACGCCUUCUACCCUACUCGGGCGUCUGAGAUUAACCAUCGACUCGUCGAGAUCGCGAAUGGUGGGGCGGCAACGUUAAUCGAGGAGGUUGACCGGCGAGAGCGCGAAAACCGCACCUGUGUUGUCGGCCUCAAUUGGGACUACGAGUUAGAAGACCUCUUAGAACUAGCGAGCUGCUUUGAUGGUGCGGCGCUAGCCGCUGUAUGCAAGGUCAUGGCACAGGAAUACGGUCAAAGAGGCGGCGGUAUACCAGAUCUGAUACUUUGGAGAACAGAGCCGAACCGGGAAGUGAUGUUUUCCGAGGUGAAGAGUGCCAAUGACCGCCUCAGCGAUACGCAGAGACUCUGGAUUCACGUACUCACCGGGGCUGGCGUGAAAGUAGCUCUAUGCAAUGCAGUAGCGAAAGAAAUCAAGGAAAUUUAACGGGGAAAGCAAAAGCCCGCAAGAUCAACGCACAUACCAAUCUGGGGAGCUACCCUAUGGAACUCACGUUCUUCCGCCGUGGCCUCUUCAGUGGUACUACCUUGGUGGCGCUCACGCGUGGGGGUAUCCCGCCCCGAGUACCCUAUACAUACCUUCUUAUGUUAUGGUAACAUAUAAUCCAAGAUUGGCUGCAGGUAUCUACUCGACACGACAUGAUCUAUACUGCCUACCGACUCUCCUCAUCCAAGGAUCACCCUGAUUAGCCAGUCCCCAUUAACCCCAUCAAAUGAAAAUCAGCAAUGCCUCCAUCUCCUCCCUCUCGCAUCUAGGCAGUCUAUGGAAGUACACAAAUGGCGGUCAAUAGCUCGCGGAGCGGAGCCCCGUCCAGUCGAAUGUACAUCUCCAACGACGGUGUGGAUACUUGACGUUGGGACUGGCCGAAAGAAGCGUGAUGCGUCGUGAUAAUCCUUUACGCUCCUAGGAGCUAAGAAAGCACAUCGUUUUGGAGAGGCAUAUCGUGGCACGUUUCAUUGCUAUGAGGUGGUGUCGAUGAGAUAGUGAUUGGUACCGGUCGAGACUAUGACUUUGCGAAGAUGAGCAGAAAAAGUGCACUUUCUCUGCAU